GCGCAAACCAGCUAUGCUGAUGACUUUCAUAUCCAGUGGGAGUUCACCACUACCGCAGGUUUCCGGAGAUACAAUGCCAUUGCCCUGAAUGUGGUCAAUCUUUUUCGAGUAGUCACCCACCCCUUGCAGAACCUGGGUCCACUGAAGCAGGGCAGCCCUCCCAGCCUAGUGCCGAUGGAGCUCUUGCUCCAGAGGAUCCCACUCCUUUGCUCCACAGACCGGCUUUGCAGAUGCAGUACAGCUUUGGGCCCAGAACCGGUUAGGUCUCAGCAAGCCUUGCCAGCGGUGUGGAGACAGCACCUUUACCCGCUCAGGAUAAGAUCCAUGGCAGACUUUUCCGAUGCGCUGCAAGAAGCCCGAGCGGAGUUCGACGCGUUCGGGGCAUACAUGCAGACACCGAGCGCCCUGGUGAGGAAGGACGAGGCCGACACAGCUCCCACCCCGACGCCCAGCCUCGGCAGCACCGAAGCGAUGGAGACGGACAGGGAGGUCAAGCGCAAUGCCGACCUGAACGAGGACAAGACGGCUGCACCGCCGCCGAAGUGGGCGAAGGGCGAAGCCAAGGGAGAAAAGGGCGAGAAGACCGAAGAUGCUCCCACGGGCAAAGGGAGGGCGAUGGAAGCGCCUCAGAAGUCGCCACCACCGGCGACCAACACCCCAGGACAGGGCUCUGCGGAUCCCGGCCCUCAGCAGCGGACCAAUCGGGGGCAGCCCCAACAGACCCCACAGGGUGGCUCGGCGGCCCGAACAGGACAACAGCACCAGCAGAUGGCAGGCUGGAGGAGAUCUGGGGGCUAUCGACAAUGGCCCAACAAUCGCCAAGAUCGCGACAACAGCAGCUGGGACGACAGGCAGGCAAAGGAGAUCAAGGAGCUCAAGGAGGAUGCAGUCGGGGUGAUCCACCUCGACUGCGAAUUCAUCCUUUUCCUCCAAACGGAGGCAGCUGGCAACGAGUGGGCAAUCACUCAGCAGUUGUACGAGACAGCAGUGCAGUGGCAUCGGCAGAAAGAAUCCAACCCGGAAUCCCUCACGAAUCCGAUGCGGAACAUUCUGCUCUACAACCUGUACAAUGCCCUCCUCAUGAAGCUGGAAGCCUUGGAAGUGGACAAGGAGCUGAUGGAUCGGGCGAAAGCCCGUGGGCUCAUCGAGGGCACGACGUAUGUAUAUUUGCAAUGGGACGCAGCGACCCGCCAACAUGUGAAGGCGAUGAUCCAGCCGGUGGAACACUCGGACAUGAUCCAGAUGGUGAAAACCUUGAAGUACCUGGCGACGUUCCCAAAUGUCGUCGGCAGGUUUCAUGCUCUGAGGAAGAUGGAGGACAACCUCAAUGGGGACAUCAGAACGGGACAGCAGAGUCCCACCAGCUAUGGACAAUCAUGA